CGGCGCCCCAGCACCGGAUAGCGACUGGGAGGCGCCGCACUUCCGGCACUUCCUGCGCAUCCGUUGCUGGGGCUGCUUGUCAGGACUCCGCAGACAUGUCGGGGUUUAGCCCAGAGCUCAUCGACUACCUGGAAGGAAAGAUCUCCUUUGAGGAGUUCGAAAGGCGGAGAGAAGAGAGAAAAACGCGCGAGAAGAAAAGUCUUCAGGAAGAAGGAAAGUUAUCAGCUGAUGAAAGUCCAAAUGACUCUGAAGUUCCAUCCUCAUCGAGAAAAGAUUCUACGAAAUCCCAGGACAAAGAUGUCAAUGAAGGAGAAACAUCGGAUGGAGUCAGUAAGUCAGUUCACAGAGUCUUUGCUUCCAUGCUUGGAGAGAAUGAAGAUGAUGAGGAGGACGAGGAAGAAGAGGAGGAGGAAGAGGAAGCACCUGAGCAGCCCAGUGCGGGUGAUGUGUUUGUAUUGGAGAUGGUUCUUAACCGUGAAACCAAGAAAAUGAUGAAGGAGAAGAGGCCUCGGAGUAAACUUCCCAGAGCUCUGAGAGGUCUCAUGGGUGAAGCCAACAUUCGCUUUGCUCGAGGAGAACGUGAAGAGGCAAUAUUGAUGUGCAUGGAAAUCAUAAGACAAGCUCCUCUGGCUUAUGAGCCAUUUUCUACUCUUGCCAUGAUAUAUGAGGACCAAGGUGACAUGGAGAAAUCCUUGCAGUUUGAGUUAAUUGCUGCACAUUUAAAUCCUAGUGAUACUGAAGAAUGGGUUAGAUUGGCAGAAAUGUCUCUGGAACAAGAUAAUAUUAAGCAGGCUAUUUUUUGCUACACAAAAGCUCUUAAAUAUGAACCUACGAAUGUCCGUUAUUUGUGGGAGCGGUCAAGCCUCUAUGAACAGAUGGGAGAUCAUAAAAUGGCAAUGGAUGGUUAUAGGCGUAUUUUAAACCUAUUGUCUCCAUCUGAUGGAGAACGCUUCAUGCAGUUGGCUAGAGACAUGGCAAAGAGUUACUAUGAAGCCAAUGAUGUUCCCUCGGCUAUUAACGUAAUUGAAGAAGCUUUCUCAAAACACCAGGCCCUUGUCUCCAUGGAGGAUGUUAACAUAGCAGCUGAGCUGUACAUUUCUAACAAACAAUAUGACAGAGCUUUGGAGGUAAUUACAGAUUUUUCUGGAAUUGUGCUGGAAAAGAAAACUACAGAAGAAGGCGCUCCAGAAGAGAAUAAAGGUUGUAGUAUGACUAAUGAGAAUGUUACCUGCACUAUCCCUGAUGGCGUACCGAUAGACAUCACAGUGAAGCUGAUGGUCUGCCUUGUACAUCUCAAUAUCCUCGAACCACUUAAUCCUCUCCUGACAACACUAGUGGAACAGAAUCCUGAAGAUAUGGGAGACCUCUAUCUAGAUGUUGCUGAGGCUUUUCUGGAUGUUGGUGAAUAUAAUUCUGCACUUCCUCUCCUCAGUGCAUUGGUUUGCUCUGAAAGAUACAACCUUGCAGUAGUUUGGCUUCGGCAUGCAGAAUGUUUAAAGGCCUUAGGCUAUAUGGAGCGAGCUGCCGAAAGCUAUGAGAAAGUGGUUGAUCUGGCCCCCCUCCAUUUGGAUGCAAGAAUUUCACUUUCCACACUUCAGCAGCAGCUGGGCCGCCCUGAGAAAGCCCUGGAGGCUCUGGAACCAAUGUAUGAUCCAGACACGUUAGCACAAGAUGCAAAUGCUGCACAGCAGGAACUCAAGUUACUGCUUCAUCGUUCUACUCUGUUGUUUUCACAAGGCAAAAUGUAUGGUUAUGUGGAUACCUUACUUACCAUGUUAGCCAUGCUUUUAAAGGUAGCAAUGAAUAGAGCCCAAGUCUGUUUGAUAUCCAGUUCCAAAUCUGGAGAGAGGCAUCUCUACCUUAUUAAAGUGUCAAGAGACAAAAUAUCAGACAGCAAUGAACAAGAGACAGCAAAUUGUGAUGCCAAAGCAAUAUUUGCCGUACUCACGAGUGUCUUGACAAAAGAUGACUGGUGGAACCUUCUGUUGAAGGCUAUAUACUCCUUAUGUGACCUAUCCCGAUUUCAGGAGGCUGAGUUACUUGUGGAUUCUUCUUUGGAAUAUUAUUCAUUUUAUGAUGACAGGCAAAAACGCAAAGAGCUGGAAUACUUUGGUCUCUCUGCAGCAAUUCUGGACAGAAAUUUCAGAAAGGCAUACAACUAUAUCAGGAUAAUGGUCAUGGAAAACGUCAAUAAACCCCAGCUCUGGAACAUUUUCAAUCAAGUUACCAUGCACUCCCAAGAUGUACGCCAUCAUCGCUUCUGUCUCCGUUUAAUGCUGAAAAACCCAGAUAAUCAUGCCCUGUGUGUCUUGAAUGGACAUAAUGCAUUCGUAUCUGGUAGUUUUAAGCAUGCGCUUGGACAGUAUGUGCAAGCCUUUCGCACCCAUCCCCACGAACCUCUCUAUAGCCUCUGUAUAGGCCUAACCUUUAUUCACAUGGCAUCUCAGAAGUAUGUAUUAAGAAGACAUGCUCUAAUUGUGCAGGGCUUUUCCUUUCUUAAUCGUUACCUCGGUCUGCGUGGGCCUUGUCAGGAAUCAUUCUACAAUUUGGGCCGUGGCCUUCACCAACUAGGGCUGAUCCACCUUGCAAUCCACUAUUAUCAGAAAGCCCUGGAGCUGCCUCCACUUGCGGCAGAGGGUAUAGAAGUUGACCAGUUAGACUUACGAAGAGAUAUUGCCUACAAUUUAUCUCUCAUUUAUCAGAGCAGCGGGAAUAUUGGAAUGGCUCAAAAACUUUUGUAUACCUAUUGCUCUAUAUAAUGCACCUCACCUGAGAAAGGAGUACUAGGUAGCUACUGUGCAUGGACCAAUAUUUUAUGUCUCAGGGCUUAUUAACCCUAAAAUGGAAAUGAAAAUUUCAGAAUUAUCUAUUGUAUAUUUCAUUUUUAAUGUGUAAUUAUGAUCUUUUGGUAGAUAUGUAAAAUUAUCAUUCCUACAAGAAUUUGUAUAUUGUUCUGUCAUUCUCCUUUAGCAUUUUUUUAGUGAAAUUGUCCUCAGAAAGGUGAAAUGGAUAAUAUUAGCCUUUAAGCCAGCUUAGAGUUGAAGACACUUAAUUUUUACUGUAUGAAUAAAAAAAUUUAUUCAUCUGUGCAUUUCAUACCAUGUAUGAAACACCUACUAUGUACCAGGCAGUGUAAUAGGUGUUUAGAAUACAGUAGUAAGACAGAUGUGGCUUCUAAUACAAUUUUUUAAGCACAGAACUUGAGCAUACAUUCAUUUGAAAGGCAUGUUUGCUACAUACAUUGUCACUGCCGAGAGUUGUCCAUCUCUUAGUGCCCUGUGACUAUUGCACGGGCAGGUUUUCAAAUACAUCGUAAAGGUUGUUUGUUAGAGGAGAAACAAAUUGGGACUCUUUCUGAUGUCAACAAUUAUGUAAUUCACUUAGUUACUAACAAAAUUAUUUAAAAUGGUUAUGUGUUAGGAAGGCAAAUAAGUGGUUGAUCUUUCAGUUUUCACCUGCAUGUGUCUCAGCUACAUAGAUUGAGAUCUGAGAGGCUGGGCUUAAUUCAAAGCAUCCUGCUCUGAGGCACAUUUUAAAAAUGCAUUACCUGGUGGCUUUCUGACAAAAAAAUGGAAAAAUGAGGCCUAUGUUCAAGAAUGUGACCUGGUUUCCAUUUCAAGAUUACUGGGAAUGUAGGAAGACUAGGAAAUUAUAUAUAUGGAACAAAGUGUUGCUGAUAAAGUAAAAAUCCAAUUAAAAACCUUCUACUUGUCUCAAAUAGUUUAUAUUCUUGAAUCUAAGGUAAUAGUACUUUUUAGUUUAAUAGCAGGUUUUUAGAGUUUCUUUUCAAUGGGAAAAUAAUUGCUAUAAUAAGUGUGCAUGUGAAUUGCAAGACCCAGUCCUCUUGUGGGAGGAAAACAAGUGUGAGACUUCAGAUUAAAGAAGUACAAUGAGGGCUUUUUAUGGUUUCUUACUACUGUUUAUACUGUACAUAUAACUUUGCAGUUGAAAAGCAAAAUUUAUAUAUAAUAAGUAAAUGUGUCAUGUACUCUGUGUAUAUGUAUAUAUAUAAUUUAAAUACAUUUUAUUUUUAUAAUUGAA